UACUGCCCGAACGAUUUUAGGUCUGUUUCUCACUGAAUCAUCUUACGCGGUGGUGAAAGACCGGUGAUUGCCAUGAGUGCGGAGUCCGACAGUGUGUUGCCGAUUCAUUCCGGUAGCGCCGAUGAGACCAACAACAAGGCACCUAGCGACGAUCCGUUGCCCCAACAGGAACAGCAACAGCAGCAGCAGCAGCAGUGUGCUCCUGCCGCAGAAACGACCCCUGAGGAUCAGGUUGCUACGCCUGUUUCAAACAGUAGAGCAUCCGUGCCGGGGACAGCUUUGCCUGUGAAACCAUUGAAUCCGGCAGUCACUGAACUGUGGGUAGAAACGAAAACUGGCGAAGGGAAAUCCUAUUACUAUCAUGCCAUCAGUCGCGAAACGACCUGGAUACGUCCUGAAGGACCGGGAGUCAAUGUUAUGACCCAGGCCGAGGUGGAAGCCCUUAACAAGCAGCAGACGCAGCAGCCAAAGCCAAAUGAUCAGAAAGUAGCGUUAGACGGCCUUCCGGCGACUGCCAACACGCCAUCACCGGCAGCAGUAGCAGCAGCAACCGUAGCACUGCAACACACGGUACCACGGUUUACGGGGCCACCACCGACGUUCGUCGCUGGCAUGGCUCCGUUCGGUAUGCCACCGCCAAACUUUCCCAACUUUCCUCCGUGGAACGCACCUCCGGUGAACAAUGGUCAAACAUGGUCGCUGGGACAGAACCAUCCGUUAGAUGCCACCAAGCAAGCCAUGGCUGAAGUGAAGCUAACGGAAAUCGAUCCAUCGAUCGUUGCAAAAGCCACGGUUUGGAGUGAACACGCGGCACCCGACGGUCGUACGUACUACUACAACAUCUCUAAGGGGGAAAGCGUUUGGGAGAAGCCGCAGGAAUUAAGCGAUCUGGAAAAGGUAAAACUGGCGGUAUGGAACGCAAAACAGAAAGCAAAAUUGCCGCCAUCCGUUCCGCCCUUCCUAGCUCCACCGAUUCCACCGCAGAUGCCAAUCAUGCCAUCUCCGGCACCAGGCUUGAAAAUUCAACAGUUUCCCACGCAGUUGACGGUGCCCGGUGGUGGGCCGCCUCCACUGGGAGCGGCUCCUCCUGGUGGGCCGUUGCGGCUUCAGCCACUACCUGGCGCGGCCGCCGGCGGCGGAGUUGUGUUUGAUCCCCUGGCAUUCAUGGCACUGAAGAACGAUAAGACUGCGGUAGAAGAAGAGCGUAAAAAGAAGCUGGAGCUGGAAAAGAAGCGAAAGGAGGAGGAAGAAAAGGCAAAACUGACGAAACCGCAAGAUAAAAGCCGCCCCAUUUCGAGCACUCCCAUCAGCGGCACACCAUGGUGUGUGGUAUGGACAGGCGAUGGAAGAGUGUUCUUCUACAAUCCUUCGACGCGCACGUCCGUGUGGGAGCGUCCGGAUGAGCUGAAAGAGCGUGCGGACGUCGACAAAGCCGUGUCGGUGCCGCCACAGCAGCUGCUUGGGAACGUCAACAACAAGGAACCGGAUAUGGUGGCCAGCAAAGCGCCCAACGUUGCUACUGGCACAGUGUCAACGGCAGCGGAAACGAGCGACAGUGGUACAGCUGGUAGUGAUGUGGUCAGCAAACCUCGCAUAGCCACUACGGACAGUGAAUCGAGCGGAGAAGAAAAUGGCGAGCACGCGAGUAAAAAGCUAAAACCGGAUGUGGAGGCAACCAUGGGUAAGCUGCCAAUUACGAGCGGGACGACGAUCAGUGGUAACCUGCGUGGCGAUCCAGAAAAGGAGGCCAGUGCGAUGGAGGCCGAAGCAAGAGCGGCCCGGGAAAGAACAAUUGUGCCGUUGGACGUGCGUAUGAAGUCUUUCCGCGAAAUGCUUCGCGAAAAGGACGUUUCCGCUUUCAGCACGUGGGAAAAGGAGCUCCACAAAAUCGUGUUCGAUGCCCGCUACCUACUGCUGACCUCCAAAGAGCGCAAGCAAGUGUUCGAGCGGUACGUUAAAGACCGGGCCGACGAGGAACGGCGUGAAAAACGCAACAAGAUGCGCCAAAAGCGGGACGAUUUCCGAGCCCUAAUGGAGUCGGCACAUUUGCACGGAAAGUCGUCGUUCAGCGAAUUUGCGCAAAAGUACGGUAAGGACGAUCGGUUUAAAGUGAUCGAAAAGAUUCGCGAACGGGAGAGUCUGUUCAAUGAGUUUAUCGUCGAAGUCAGAAAGCGCGAGAAAGAGGAAAAACAGAACCGAAAAGAACAGAUUCGCAAGGACUUUCAAACAAUGCUUCGCGAAAGAAGCGACAUCAAUCGGCACACGCGGUUCAGCGAUGUGCGCAAGCGGUUGGAAGGUGACAGCCGGUACAAGGCACUUGCGGAUCACGGGCAGCGCGAGGGGCUUUUUGAAGACCACAUUAAAACCCUCAAAGACGAGAAAAAGCGUGCCAAAGAGAGGGAAAAGGAGAAGGAAAAAGUAGAUCGAAAUAGUCGAAGCGACCAGCGGUCACGCAGAUCACACGAUCGCUCCCGUGAUCACCGCAGUCGCUCGAACGAUCGUAGCCAUAGGAAAAGCUCUAGCAACGAGGAGGCAGGUGGUGGUGAAAACCGCGCCAUUGUAAACAGCAUUGUUGACGAUGACGAAGGUGAAGAGUGCAACACGUCUGAUGAGAACGAGAUCGAACGGCAGCAGAAGGAACGCGAUCGGAAGCUGCGCGCGGAGGCCAGUAUUAAGGAGCGGGAGAAGGAAGUGCAGCGCACGUUGGCGACUCACUUGCGGGAUCGUGACAAAGAGCGGCAGCACCAUCAGCGAGACGAAGCAAUACGACACUUUAACGCAUUGUUGACCGAUUUGGUCCGCAAUGCGGAUUUAACGUGGAAGGAAGUGAAAAAGUUGUUGAAAAAAGACCACCGCUGGGAGCUCAUCGAGAUGCUUGACCGUGACGACCGUGAAAGGUUAUUCAAUGAGCACAUCGAGAGCCUAGUUCGCAAAAAGCGUGACAAAUUCCGCGAAAUGCUGGACGAAGUUCCUUCGUUGGAGCUUACUUCUCAGUGGAAAGAGAUCAAGAAACUCAUACGCGAUGAUCCUCGUUACUUGAAAUAUAACAGUAGCGAACGGGGCGAGCGCGAGUUUCGAGAUUUCAUCAAAGACAAGACGGCCAGCGCAAAGGUCGCUUUUCGGGAGCUGCUGCAGGAGUGUAAAUUCGUUACACACAGAAGCCUAGAACUGUACCGCGAGAAUGCGAACCAUUUGCGCGAAAUCGAGGACAUCCUGCGCAAUGACAAACGCUAUCUGGUACUGCAUCACAUGGCCGCGGACCGCACUCAGAUAAUAUUGGCGCACCUGGAGGAGCUACACAAGCGGGGGCCGCCACCACCGCCAACGGCUAGUGAAUCACUGCGACGAAAGUAGCCUGAAUGUGUGCAAAUUGAUUGAUUGUCAACCGUACGUUUUGGUCGUAUUUGCUUGUAGAGUAUUUCGACUGAACCAUCAAUGGAACGAAACUCAUCCGAAGCCUGUGUGUAUUAAAAACAAGAAUUAAACUCUCAAUGACAAAUUAAUAUAGCAACCAAAUAA